AUGUCUCGCAGUGGUUUGCCAACUGAUCAGGUGAGAGCAUUUAAUGAUUGGGUGUUGAGUAUUGGGGAUGGCACUGCUACGGGUAAUAAUCAUACUGAUGAUGGAGACUCUGAGCUGGUUGAGAUACCUCAUGACAUCUUGGUUCCGAAACUUGGCUCCCCUAUUGAUAAUAUCAUAAGAUCUACCUAUCCCAACUUAGACACAUUCUAUUCAGACCCAAACUACCUAAGGGAACGGGCUAUCAUUGCUCCAAAAAAUGAUACCAUCAAUGAGAUUAAUAACCGCGUCCUUUCUUUAAUCCCAGGACAUGAAAAGGUAUACCUUAGUUCUGAUUCUUUGGUUGAAACCUCCAAGGACCAUGGUAACGCAGACCUACUUUAUCCUGUUGAAUUCCUAAACCCCCUACAGUUCAAGGGCAUCCCUUCUCAUAAACUUAUGCUUAAGGUUGGCUCGUCCGUAAUGUUGCUGCGCAAUUUAAACCAGAGUGCUGGCCUUUGCAAUGGUACACGUCUUAUAAUAACCCAGUUAGGUGACCACGUAUUGGAGGCUCAGAUAAUAACUGGCUCUCACAUUGGCGACAAAGUUCUCCUUCCUAGAGUUUCGUUGCACGUGUCAAGCACUAAAUGGCCAUUUGUUCUUAGCAGACGCCAAUUUCCAAUGGAGUACACCUUGGUAUCACAGAUUAAUCCAACAAGGCACAAUUGGACCAUCAAGGUUAGAGUUGCUAGGAUGUGGAAACUAUCUUCGACUCCUAAGUGGAAGGGUGUAACUGCCAUGGAACUUGUUCUGGUUGAUGAAGAGGGCGUGGGUAUUACGGCUUGCAUCGGGCAUAAAGACCUUAGCAAAUUUGCUGAUUCUUUAGUUGAAGGCCGCUCCUAUAUGAUUAAAAAAUUCCAAGUUAGCAGGCAAGCAAGGAAGUAUAGCGCUGUACCGAACCCACAAACAAUCUAUUUUACACCGUGGACUGUCGUAGAGGAGAUACCUACAGAGCUGGCCACCCAGCUUCCCCUCUAUGUUUUCAAUUUUGUGGACUUUGAGGAAUUAACCCAUAGACGGAGGAACGGACAUGGCCUAGUAGAUGUUAUCGGACAACUUACAGUCAUACAUCCGGUGGUGCGAUCUAGUGGGCUAAAUGGUGUGUGCGUGCGGAGGGUGGUGGAGCUACGUGAUCUAAGCGAUCAUCUCUUACAAAUUAUAUUGUGGGGCGAGCAUGCAACCUUGUUUGAGGACCAGAUCCUUAUUGAAACCAUUGAUAAAGAUGAACCCGUUGUGAUGGUUUUUGCUGGGGUGCAAGUGAAGCAAUACUUAGGUGCCACAACAUGUGCGAGCGGUGAUGGCACUAAAUGGUACAUGAACAUUGACCUUCCAGAAAUGAACACUUUUCGUGUUAGUUUACAGGGAAGAGGCUCCAAAGUUGUGUUCCUGCCCGGCGAUGAAGCAGGCGCCAACAGGAAAACUGUUGCCGAGCUCCUAGCAUUGGAUCCCCAUGACAGCAAUGGUGUUCGUUUCACCCGCAACGCAAUCAUAAGAGAAAUAGACGUUUCCAAUGGUUGGUGGUAUAAAGGUUGCAAUACAUGCAAGCGGGGGCUGAAGGCUACUUUCGAGGGCUUUGAAUGCACUAACUGCGAUGAGGCUAAACCAGUGGUUAUUCCCAGCUAUAAGCUAAGUGUGAUCAUCGAGGAUACCACUGGCUACGUGAAAAUAUUUCUCUUCGGAGGAGUAGCUGAACAGGCUGUUCGACGGACCGCCGCUGAGCUUGUUGAAGAAAGCUCAUCCAAUCAGAUUUUGCUGCCUGCAUCCCUUCGCGGCCUUGUUGGUCGAAGGUAUGUCUUCCAGGUGGUUAUCAGUGAGCAAACCUUUAGGACUAGGCAGCUCUGCUUCCAAGCUAGGAGGGUGUUCCCCGAUCCAACGGCUGCUGAGGCUCGUGGUUCUACUGGACGUUCGCCACAUGAUCCUAGGGAUCCCAAAGCUAUGAACAAGAUUGGGACAUCAAGUGUUGCCUCUGGAAAAGACUACCAGGCACACGUUCUUGUCAUUCCUGAGGUUCCUAACAAUGCAGAAGGUGGCUCAACCCCUCCUCCUGCCCCUGCCACAGUAGCUGAUACCAAAACCUCAUCCAGCAAGGGGAAGGAGGUACCCUCUGAUGUCCAUGAGGAGCAUGGAACUAUUCUAGGCAAGAGACCGAGGUCUGCUCGCAGGGAUCUACUCCCUGCAAAGAAAGCCGGAGCAAGUGGCUUCAACAUUACCACAAACUCACAAUGCAAGAGCGUUACGACUGAUCAUUUUUAUGCACGUCUCUAUUUUGAGAUCUGGAAACGGGUUGCUAAGCAGAAGAUGAAUUUCAAAGAUGCUUUGGAUGAAGUGAAGGACAAAGCCAUGUGGCCCUUCAACUGGGCUGAAGUGAAAACUGAGAUAGAAACUGAUAAUUAUAAAACAUAUGUGGCUGGCAUAGAUAAAAAUCUUGAAGAAGGUGAUGAAGCUUAUUGGUUGAUCGUGGAGGCUGUCAAAAAAAAUGUUCCAAGGCUCAAGACCUAUUAUGACUAUGCCAAAAAGAAGUUGGGUAUUGCAGAGAAAUUGGGUUUGAUCCCCUCCAUGCCCCACACAGAUAAAGCAAAAGUUCUUUAUGGAGAUCAUCAUCCUCUUUUGCUGGGCUAUCUGGAUGAGCAGGAACAACUUCAUUUUCAGGCAGAUCCCUCCUUCUACCCAAAGGGUGCAAAAACAUCUUCAGGAUUGAGCUAG